AUGUAUCUUGAUUUCCAGGAAGCUCUAAAGGCCUUGUGGGAUGCUGCCUUUCCUAAUAUUAAGCUUAGAGGCUUGAUCUCUGAGCAGUGGAAAGAUAUGGGCUGGCAAGGGGCAAAUCCGUCAACUGACUUCAGGGGCUGUGGAUUCCUUUCGCUCGAGAACUUGCUAUUUUUCGCGAGAAAUUAUCCGGUAUGGAAGCAUUUGAAGGCUACUUUCCAUAGGUUACUUCUAAAACAAGGUGGAGAACGUGCUAAAUGGGAAUACCCGUUUGCUGUAGCUGGCAUUAACAUUACUUUUAUGCUGAUUCAGAUGCUCGACUUACACUCAGAAAAACCAAGAUGUCUUCCUGGACUUAAUUUUAUUAAGUUGUUAGAAGAAGAUGAAGAUGCAUUUGAUAUCCUGUAUUGUAUAGCUUUUGCAAUGAUGGACGCUCAGUGGCUUGCCAUGCAUGCUUCAUAUAUGGAGUUCAAUGUGGAGGUGCUACAAGUAACGAGAACACAAUUGGAGAGAGAAAUGUCUUUAGAAGAUACUAACAGGAUACACGACCUUCCAGCUUAUAACAUGUUGCAUCAACAGUGAUACGCAUAGUCCAAAAUAUUUAGAUGCAGUAGAAAUGUAAAUUCUCCACGUAAUUUCGGAGUAUUGUUGUUAUGUUUGCUGUGUAAAGGAUUAUCAAUUUUGCUAUUUUCAGAAGAUUGGCUAAGA